AUGGUCAACCAACAAGCUCAAGAAGCUAUUCAGAAGAACUUGGACGGCGUCACGGGCGACGCCGCCACAGGCAUCCCCGGCCUUGUGUUCGUGGCCGUGGGCAAGGACGGCCAACAAAUCGCCGCCGUGUCCUCGGGCAAAAAGGGCAUUGCGCACGACGCGCCCAUGGACCUGGACACGGUGUUUUGGCUCGCGAGCUGUACCAAGCUGCUCGCCGCCAUUGCCUGUAUGCAGGCCGUCGAAGAGGGCGCGGUCAAGCUCGACGAUGCCGAGUUUGUCUAUCAGCACUGUCCUGAGCUCCAAAAAGUCCAGGUGAUUGGGGAUGACGGAAAACUACACCCGAAGAAGACGGAUAUUACGCUUCGCAUGCUUCUCAGUCAUACUAGCGGCUUUGCGUAUGAAUUCUUCAACACCAAACUCCGCGACUUUGGCCGCCCCAUCGGCUACGACGUUUUCCACGGCGACGAGCGCGACAUUCUGCGCAUGCCACUGGUUCACGAGCCCGGCACAACGUGGGAAUAUGGCGUGGGCAUCGACUGGGCAGGCCUGGUCCUCGAGCGCGCGACGGGCACCCGGCUCAACGACUGGAUCCAGACGCGCAUCAUGCAGCCUCUCGGCCUGAGCGGCAUCAACAUGUUCCCCACCGACGACAUGAAGCGCGACCUGGCGUACAUGCACCAAAAGUGGCCCGGGAGCAGCAGCAGCCAGAGCUCCGCCGGCGCCGAGGAGAGGGACCACAUGUACCGCGAGCCCCUCCUGGCCGAGACCGAGGCCGACAAGGCGCGGCUGUUGCACAGCGGCGGCGCGGGCGCCUUUGGGCGGCCCCGGGAUUACGUGCAGGUCCUGGUCGCGCUGCUCAAUGAUGGCACGCACCCCAAUGGUGCGCAGAUUCUCAAGAGGGAAACGGUCGAGGACAUGUGGAAGAAUCAGGUUCCCGACCUGCCCAACUUUGCCCGGCAGGGCAUACCCGCGGCCAAGAGCGAACAGACGAACCCGAUUCCCGAGCUCUAUCCUCAAGAAGGCAAUCCGCCUCAAGGUCAUGGCAUCAGCUUCAUGCUCACAAUGGAGCCCGGCAUGACGGGACGCGGAAAAGACACGGCCUGGUGGGCAGGCAUUGCCAACCUGUUCUGGUGGUGCGACCGCGAAAAGGGCGUCGCAGGUAUGAUUGCCAGUCAAGUCAUGCCAUUUGCUGAUGGAAAUGUCCUUGGGCAGUGGAUUGUAAAUGAGGGCGAGGUCUAUAAGCACUACAAGUCAUGA